UCGAGAAGAAAAUCAUUCACUGAAUCUUCAGAGCAUCGAGUGUGUUCAAGAGCAAGAGGAAAUGAAGUCUGCUGCAGCUUUUGUUGUCUUUGCUGGUCUACUUAUUGUUUAUGUACAAGGACAGGCCAGGACAAGUUCAUCGAGGUGUUUGUGUCAGGGUCCUCUGGCGAACGUAGUUCGUCUACAACGUAUUGACAAGAUAGAAUUUUAUCCUGUUAGUGCAUCUUGUGAAAAUGUGGAAAUCAUUGUCACUCUGAAGAACGGUGCAGGGAAAAAAUGCUUGAAUCCAAAAUCUGAAUUUACUCAGAAAUACUUCAAGGCAGCUUUAGAAAAAAGAAGUGCUGAGGAAAUGUCUGACAGUACUGAACAGAAGUGAAAGAAAAGGGCACAGAGACAACUCACUUGAAAUAUUUUAAAUGUUGUAAAAAAAUGAUAUACAUUUUGUAUAUUUCUUUGUUAUGCCUGUAAAGUUUUUUAUAUUCUACAAACUGUUCAUAUGAUAUGUCUACUGUUUAAUUUAUUUGACUUAUUUUUGUAUACUGCUGGAUGUAAAGUACUUCUAAAGAAACUUUGAAUUUUUUUUACAAAUAUUUUUGUUUACUUAUCUACUAAAUUAUAAUAAAGUCAGCACAUUACUGUGUAUUACUUUAUAAAUAUCUGAUUUUUUAUGAGUUUUUUUUUGGUAGGUGUUAACUGUGAUUGAAAUUAAGGAUGGUAGAAAUUAAGAAAUUAACAUAGUAAUCCUCUUACCUUAUUAUAAUAAUAACUACCUGGACUCCAUAUUAACAUCAACUUCCUAUUGCCAUCUCCGGCAGUUUUUCCUUGCCACUGUUGCCCUCGGCUUGCUCAUCAGGGACUAUGUGACCAUUUUGAUUCAUACACAUUCACAUUCCAUACAAACUUGCGACAAUUGCUGCUUUGCGACAAUGACAAUUGUUAAAAGCGCAAUACAAAUAAAAUUGAAUUGAAUAGUAGAAGGAAAGAAACACACACA